GAGAUUUUGUAAACGAUGAAAUAAUUUGAAAAUAGAUUGUCUUAUUUCUUCUGUAAAAAAGAUUUAUUUUUUCACGAAAAUUUUCGAAAAGAUCGAUGAUGGACAAUACAGCAGAGGACAUUAAAAAAUUAGAGCUGGUUUCGACCAUUGGAUUCUCAGGAGGUGUUCCUGGUGGUCUUAUUGUUCAUCCUGAUCAACAACAUUUGGUCUAUUCAGUUGGAAAUACUAUUGUUGUCGAAAAUAUUGUCAGUAAGAAGCAAAGAUUCCUUGUUGGCCAUACAGACAAUAUAUCUUGUGUAACACUAUCCAAAAGUGGACAAUUCAUUGCAUCGGGUCAGGUGACCCACAUGGGUUUUAAGGCCGACAUCAUUGUGUGGGAUUAUGGGAAAUGCGCCAAAUAUUGUUUGCUGACACUGCAUAAAGUUAAAGUUGAAGCGCUAGCCUUCUCUCCAAAUGAUAAAUAUCUUGUUUCUCUGGGUGGACAAGAUGAUAACAGUGUUGUUAUCUGGAAUCUUGAAAAAAAGCAAGCAAUUUGUGGCUCACCAGCAGCUGUACCCAGUUCAGGAACGUCAUACGUCAUUGCAUUUUCAAACCACAGUGAUGAACUCUUUGUUACAGGAGGAAACAAAACUUUACGUGUUUGGGAACUAGAUCUUGCUAAUAGAAAAAUCAGACCAACAGAUUGUAAUAUGGGUCAGAUAAAACGCAUCAUUAGAUGUAUAAAGGUCGCCGAAGAUGAUUUGUCAUUUUAUUGUGGCACUACAAGUGGUGAUAUUCUUGAGAUAAAUAUGAAGACAAGAUUGUUUCGACAUCACGGUCCACAGAAAGAAAAGUUCAGCUUGGGUAUAGAGGCUUUACAGCUACUCAAAACAGGCGAUGUGUUAAUCGGAUCUGGAGAUGGAACGGUUGCUUUACUAAAGAAGAAAUCUUAUGAAAGGAUAAAAAGUACAAAAGUUGACGGUGGUGUGACAUCCUUAACUUUACGUGGAGCUGGUCAUCAGUUUUACGUUGGAACACAAAUAUCCCAAAUUUAUCGCUUCAAUCUGAGCGAAUUCUCCUGUGAACUCAUUAAUACAUGUCAUUAUGAAAAAGUUUUUGAUGUUGUUUUCCCACACGCUUAUUCAGAUGUAUUUGUGACGUCAUCUAAGAACGAUAUACGUGUCUGGAACACUAAAACAAGCAAGGAACUUUUGCGUAUUACUGUUUCUAACAUGGAUUGUAACGCUGUCGUUGUCAGUGUGGACGGCAAAUCAAUCAUCAGCGGUUGGAGUGAUAACAAAAUACGUGCUUAUUCACCUCAAACUGGAAAACUUAUCUAUACAAUCAAUGAUGCUCACAAUAAAGGAGUAACCGCCAUAGCAACAACGUCUGAUGGCGAACAUAUAAUUAGCGGGGGAGGAGAGGGUCAGGUUCGUGUGUGGAUAGUCUCUCCAUUAAUACAGAAAAUGGAGGAAGCAAUGAAAGAACAUAAAGGCUCCGUGACUUGCAUUAAAGUUCGCAAGAAUGAUCAAGAGUGUGUGACAGCCAGUACAGACGGCAGUUGUAUAAUUUGGGACUUACAACGCUUCGUACGAAACCAGGUGAUUUUUGCGAACACUCUCUUCAAGGCAAUAUGCUACAGACCAGAUGAGUGUCAAAUCAUCACAGCUGGUACCGAUCGAAAGAUUGCUUACUGGGAGACUUUUGACGGAAGCCAAAUACGUGAAUUGGAAGGUUCAAAAUCUGGUUCUAUAGAAGGUUUAGAUAUUUCAUCUGAUGGCAUCUAUCUCGUCACGGGGGGAGCAGAUAAACUUAUUAAGGUUUGGAAGUAUGAAGAGGGAUCAGUGACUCAUAUUGGUGAAGGCCACAGUGGCGAUAUAACCCGGUUAAGAAUAUGUCCAAAUCGACAAUGGAUUGUUAGUGUUGGUACAGAUGGCGCAAUUCUUCGCUGGCGAUACCCAUUUUGAAAAAUGAUAACAGUUUCAAUUGUCGAUUGUUGAUAAUCGCCAUUUUAUUGAUAAUUUUAACGACUUUUCUCUGGAACAUUUUUAAGUAUGUUGCUUACUUCGAUAAUUGAAUUUAGAAACAUAUUUUCGUGAACAAUUUCUUUGAUUGGUUUCUCCAAAAAAACAGCUGACGAAAUGUUUAGUUUAAAGAGGCGUUGUUAAAUCCAUUAACUUUUAAAUGUGGACGUACGAACUUUGAAGCAUUUCCUUGUAAAGUAAGCUAAAACUGACGAUAAGUAAACACUGUUUUGUUACAAACUGUCUAGCCGAAAAUAUGACAGAUUUUUGUAUAGAAACGACUUUAAUUAUGAUUUCCAGGUUUUAAGCAAAGGUGUUAACUACCAACACAGCGUGGCUGCCUUUCUUCCAUUAUUUUUAUUUUUUACCUAGUUGAAAGAACCCAGUAAAAAUCAUUGUCAA